AAUGAGGAGUCAAGCAUUGACGGAAAUAGAGUUGAAGUACUAAGCCGUGCUUUUCCUGUGGUGAUACUGUGAGCGUAGUGGGAUGCAAACACCCGGAGAUAUCGGAAUUCCCAUUUAAGAAAUCAUGUUGAGGAUCCUCAAAGGCAUAACAACGCCAUGGCCGUUGUAAAACUCAGACACUCACUCCACUUCUUUGCUUCCGCCUUGGUACUCACUUGUUCGGAGAGCGACUCAAUCGCCCAUGAAAGGGGAGGCCGGCAGAUAAACCUUUGGACACGUCUUAAUGAUGCUACAGGCCGGCUUUGAUUUCGGAAUGUUACGAGUGAGAUCCGGGCUUCGGCUACCCUCCAGGGUGAUUUACUUUGAAUGUGGGGUAGUGAGAUGAUCUUUGAUUUAUAAUCUUCGCCAACUUUUUAAAGAAGUGAAGAUAGAGAGAAGCUAGAAAGUAGGUGGUUAACUGUCAAUGUCAUAAUGCCUCAAAGUGAUCUUAGUCGCAAUAGCAACCCCCGACCAUCGCGGAAAUAUGGAUUUGCCUGCUCGAAUUGCAGGAGACGAAAAGCAAGGUGCAAUGGCGCCAUGCCGAGUUGUCAAAAAUGUCUUGCCAACAAUGAGAGCUGUUCAUAUGAUAAGGCCCCUUCGGUAGCUUAUGCUGUAUCACUGCAAAAUCAAUUGCAAGCGUACAAGGACCGAAUCGACGAACUCCGGCGAGUGAAAGAUGAAGAACGUGAUACACUUUUAAACCAACCCAUCUACACAAUAAGCCCAAAUGAAGGCCGGUCUCGAGCAUUUCAAAGCACUUCGGAUAUCAACAGUCCACUCCGGGUAGACACUGCUUCUAAGCAAGACACGACCAACACAGCCGAGAUGGCCUCUGUCGGAACAGAUGGUCGCGUUUGCUUUUACGGAAAAACCAGUCUGUACCACAUCGACCCCCAAAACUUUGAGCCAAAUAGUCCUGAGACGAACCAUAACACUAGUAUCGAAGAUAAUAGCUACGAUAUGGCGUAUGUGCCUUCUGUAUAUCCAGAGUUCUGUGAUACAGCCUCAAUUCUGGCAGAGACCCCAUCAGCUCUCCUAUCCGACCUUCUCGAUACGUACUGGACAUAUCCACAUCACUUGCAUUGCGUAUUGUGCAAGCCCCUGUUUCUACGUUAGCAUAUCUCUGUAGUCUCAAAUUCCGGGUAGGUACCUAUCUAACCGAUAUAUAGGAGACCUAUACAGUUCUGGGCCCUAUGUGACUCCUUUUCUUCUGUGU